AAUUGGCUCUAUAAAUUAUGAAUAUAAAAUGAUUAUAUGAUAGUUAAUGUUAAAAUGAACAAUAUUGUAAAAAUAUAUUUUUACAUCUUUUACAUUAUCUUACAUCAUAGUUGUCAAUUUUAUUGUUUAGUUGUUAACGUAAAAGAUCAGGAUGGUGGUGUUAUAAAAGAAAUAAUAUAUGCAAAUAUAACAGAUGAUACAAUUACAGUAGAAUUACAACUUCCUGACUCUACAUUAAUUACACAACAUAUUGAUUUCAUAAAGGAAGUCCAAAUAGUACAAGUGUUGUUGCUCGGAGAAGAAGAACGUGGUCAAAAACCAUAUCAAAUACUUUGUUUUGUGAAUCAUGUUCAAGCAAAUGAAUUUAUUUCCCCAGAUGCAAUGUCAAAACUCAGACAAAAAAAUCCUGGUACAAUUCGAGUUGCAGAAGAUAAUAAAGGUGUAUUUAAUGUUACAAUAGAUAUGAGAAUUAAAUUAAAAAAUAGCAUUUAUAUUUCACAACAUGUUGGAUCAUUAUGUUCUGAAGCACUAGAUACAACAUUUACUAGCAAAGUUGACAUAGAUAAAUGGGCUACUGUACCAGGCAUGUAUUUGGGAAAUUUGUUACAAGCUGUUGAAUAUAUUAAUUAUAAAGCGCCAAACAUUAAUUUAAAAUUAUGUCGAGAUACAGGAAAAGUCUGGUCACACUGUUUAUGUACAAUGAAAAUUUUGCUUUUUCUUUGAAUUUGCGAAAUUGUGAGCAACCGAAGUAGAGGAAUGUAAGGCAAAACAAGAAUUAGAAAUAUUCAUGAAAAAAAGAAAAUACAGUUAAAUGAUGUCGACAAAAAAGCUUCAGUUAAUACCUGUAAUGCAGUUGAUAAGGCUCCUGUUUUAACAGAUAUAAUUGGAAUUAGAGUAAGCUUAGUUGGUUUAGAUAUGUUUUUUCAUGUUUAAAUUAUUAUAUUCAUUAUAAUAAUUAUUUAUAAAAAGUAUAAUAUCAACUGAUUUAAAAGC